AUGCCCACGCGCAGGCGACAAAUACCUAUCGAGGGCUCGUGGCGCAUGGUCGAAGGCGAGAACGACAGCUUCGACACGUCCCUCCUACCCGUCGCAACACUCGAAGACGACGACAUUCUCUCCCCACUGUCCAGCGAGCAGCCUUCGUCAGGCUUGCCUUCUCAGCCUUCGCAGCAGCGGCCCGGCUCGCAGAGCCAGCCGAAUUCCAACUUUGGCUCGCAGGAUAGCAUCCGCGAUUUUGCCAAGCACCAGGCAGACGACAAUGUCAUUCUGCGUGAGCCAUUUCGCCCAAGCAUACCCUCGUCCGUGGCGGGAAGCAGCAGUCACAGUCCGCAUCAGGUGUACAGCUACCGCACGCCAGAUCCGCAAUUUAGAAUGCCGACGGUCGAGUUUGGUAGCGACCGCAGGAGCUCCCGGACGGUUCGCGCUGGCCUAAUUAGCGGCAGCUCCCGCGACAGCGACUCAACGGCUGUGCGACGACGUGGACAUGUAUCGCAGACCAGUCCCGUCAAGCGGCGAAGUGCGCGACAAAGAAUAGACCACGAGGAGUAUGAGACGCAUCACGAAGACACGGACAGCUAUACGUCUUCUCUCCCCUCCCUCUCGAUCGGCAUCGCGCGAUGGGCAGCCGCUGUUGUUGGCCUCGCCUUUCAUUACGCCAAGCGGCCUCUGGCGCUCCUCCUCGCCGUCUACCUCUCCUGCGGCGCCAUCAUCAUUACACAAUCCAUGUUGCAGAGGUCUAUCUACGUCUCGCUAUCACCCAUCUGCCGUGUGCCUGGCGCCUCGUUCCUGAACCUGCCAUUCUGCAUUAACGCCAACGGUGGCAUCGAUGGUGACACGCCAAAUGCGCCCGCGUACCCUGUCGAAUUUGACGACCUGAUGGGCGUGCAGGCCAAGUUUGAGGACGUCCUGGAGCGGAGCGUCGAGGGUGCGUCGCUGCCACUCGAGAUGAAGCGGUCCGAGACGAGCCUGCGCGACCUGCGCACGCUCGUCAAGCACAGCGACAUCCAGGCACGCGACGAGCUGCUAUUUGAGCUGGACGGCUUCGUCGACACGGCGCGACAGAGCGCCGCCGACCUGCAGCGCUUCAACACGCAUGUCGGCUCCGCGGUCGACGCCGUCAUCAGCAUCAACCGCUGGACCGCACGGUACAUUGACUCCUUCGCGCCUCUCUCCAACGAUGCCGUCGGUGGCGCCGUCUCCCUGUCGACUUCCCUGGCCGGCUGGUCCGGCUGGCUCUUUGCGCCGUUCCAGCCAGCCAAUCACGUUUUCAGCGAGCGCAUCCUGCGUGACAAGUACAUUGAGCACACGACGCUCGUGUCGGAGCGCAUCGCCGCACUGCUCCUCGAGGCACAGGCGGUGCUGCGCCUGCUCACCAAGGCCGAGGACCACCUCUCCCUUAUCUACGACGUUUCGUCUCGCUCCGCCGCCACGCUCUCGUUACGGCGUGACGAGAUUCUCUGGAACGUGUGGACGCUCGUCGGUGGCAACGCCCGCCGCCUCAGCCACCUCACCCGGCAGCUAGCGCUCCUUCGCCGCGUCGACGCCCAGCGUUCGUCCGCCGUCGCCCAGGUCAGCGCCCUCGUUCUCGAGCUCGAGUCCAUCCAGGCCAGCCUUGGUGACCUGCGCGACCGCGUCGCCGAGCCUGGCAUCCUCCGCGACGCCGACAGCCCCGCCAUCGCUGCGCUGCCGCUUACCGUCCACAUUGAGACCAUUGACCGCGGCGUCGAGCGUCUCGAGGCGGCCCGCCAACGCAUCCGCGUCGCCGAGGACGAUCGCGUCCGCGAAGCGCUAGCUAGGGGCGGCGUGCGCGAGGAUGAUAGGCUGAUUGGCGAUGCGCCACGUUCGUAA